AAAGAGGAGGAGGAGGUGAAAGGGGAAGUCCUCUCAGUCGCAGUAGCGUUAAAUCUCCACACCCUUUUACUCGGAAACAACAGGGCUCAGCUGCGUGCCAACUUGUACAAGUUAGUCCAAAUGGCGAUGAUUUCAGAGUUCCUGGGACAACUGUCCCUCACUACUGGGGCCGACGAGCCCAAAUGCCCAACUGUUUUGCCUGCUGUGGACUUUGACCCCGACAAGGAUGCUGCAAGGAUAGAAACAGCCAUCAAAAUUAAAGGUGUGGACGAGCAGACCAUCAUCGACGUUUUGACAAAGCGGACCUACUCUCAGAGGAGGGAGAUAGCGUUUGCUUAUGAGAGGAGAGCAAAGAAGGACAUGAUCUCAGCCCUGAAGGGGGCGCUUUCUGGCUCUCUGGAGUCUGUCAUCCUGGGCCUGAUGAAGAGCACAUCCCAGUUCGACGCCUCAGAGAUCAGAGGAUCCAUCAAGGGGCUGGGGACUGAUGAAGAAACGCUGAUAGAGAUUCUGUGCUCACGCAGCAACUCUGAGCUGCAGGAUAUCAAGCAGGUGUACAAGGAGUUGUUCAAGAAGGACCUGGACAAAGACGUAGCAGGUGACACGUCUGGGAACUUUGCAAAGCUGCUGCUGGCACUGGUGCAGACCAAGCGGGAGGAGCCGUCCACCGUGAUAGACAAUGAGAAGAUAGAUCAAGACGCCAAAAAACUGUACGACGCCGGCGUGAAGGUGAAAGGAACCGAUGUGGCCACUUGGAUCUCCAUCAUGACGGAGAGGAACGUCCCACACCUGCAGAGAGUGUUUCAGCGCUACAGGAGCUACAGCCCCUACGACAUGCAGGAGAGCAUCAGGAAGGAAGUUAAAGGAGAUUUACAGAAGUCAUUCCUGGUUCUAGUGCAAAGCUUUGAAAACAAACAGUUGUACUUUGCCAACAUACUGCACGAUGCCAUGAAGAGUAAAGGAGCCAAGGAGAAGGUAGUGACCAGAAUCAUUGUAUCGCGUUGUGAGGUGGACCUGAAGAAGAUCUGCUCAGAAUACAAAGCCCACCAUGGACAGUCUCUGCACAAGACCAUCAUGGAACACACCAAAGGAGACUACCAGAAGGUUCUGCUCAGCCUCUGCGGACCAGACGAGUAAAUUACCGGAUUAGUGGUCAGCAUCACUUUCCACUGGUGAAGAUAACUGGACCUAGAAUAUUCAAACAUCUACCGUAUAUGAAGAAUCUGUAUAUGUUUUAUUGCAGCAAUAAAGUGACACGCCUUAA